GAAAGUUGUCGACGGGAUGUUGGGUCCAGAGCGGGUACGCUACCUCGCUGCGAGAGGUCGCUUUGGUACAAAGCGGGUGUCAUACCUCGCUCCAGUGGGUCGCUCUACACUCCAAUCGUCUAGGGCUGGUGCAUUAGGUCACUUCAGAACCUCGCUCCAAAUCCCAUUUUGCUAAGAUGAUCAUUUCCUUAAGAACCCAAAUGUCUCUAAAUACCUCCAAAAACUCCAAAGGAUGCUCCAACACCUAAUAAAGACUUAUGUAUGCAAUAUAGAACCUAAAGAUGCCUAAAUAUUAAUCUAAAUGAUUCAACAUAUGCAAGAAUAAAUGACUAAAACAAUGCAAAUAUACAAGAUAUCAUAUUUUCGUCUUAAAUGUACAGCACAACUAUAUACCAUACCAUAUAACAUUUUCUAGUCAAGGAAAACAAAUCAAAAACUAGAUAUACAUGAAUUCUUCUAGCCAAACCCCUGGAAGAGGCACAACAAUCUUCGGGACAGAAGACGAUUCCUCUUGCUGCAUCAUUCAAAUUGAAAACCCUAUAUAUUCUCCUAAACGUCUUAAGAAAUCAGCCGGUGGUCAGUCUUGUUGCAUUUUCAGAAUCCCUCACACUCUCUUCCAAGUCAAUGAAACAGCCUACAAACCGAAGAUUGUCUCAAUCGGUCCUUACCACCAUUGUGAUGGUGAAGUUGAUAAAGAUCAUCUUCAGAUGAUCCAGGAGCACAAACAAAGAUAUCUUGCUUUCUUUUUGUCCAAGACAAAUCAAAAGGAUGUGCAUAUGACGCAUUUACGCGAAGCAGUAUCGGUGAUGGAAAAGAGGAUCAGAGGUUCAUACUCCGAGGAUCUAAAGUUUGAUCGAGAAAAGCUGAUUGAUAUGAUGGUUCUUGACGGUUGCUUCAUCCUCACGUUGCUCAUUGUAGUUUCAAAGAAGAGUACUUGGCGAAUAAAUUACGCUGAUGACCCUAUUUUCACGUUGAGGUGGAUUCUACCAACUCUUAGAAGUGAUCUACUCCUUGAAAAUCAGGUUCCAUUUUUUGUUCUUCAAGAUCUCCUUAAGACGUCAAGGUUAUUUCCUUCAUCUAACCUAAACGAGAUGAUCUUUGCAUUCUUUAGCUACUCAAUAAGAAGACCAAAAGAAUUUUGGGAAGAAAGAAAGAAUCUUGAUGCAAGUCAUCUUCUAGAUCUCAUCCGCAAAACUUUUAUACCUAAUCAAAUGCAGCAAACAGAAGAAAAAAUAUACAACAAUAUAUUUUGUUGUUCAAGUGAAAACACAUGUUUCAGUAGAUUGAGUCAUACCAAAAAGAAUGUUCAAGCGGAGACACCAAGUUUGAUUGGCUCAGCUAAAAAACUUCAGCUCCGAGGAAUACAAUUUAACCAAAAAGGAAAAUUUGAGACACCUCUUGACAUAACUUUAAAGAGCGGUGUGCUUGAAAUACCAAAACUAACAUUUGAUGACUUUUUCAGCUCUCUUUUGAUCAACUGUGUGGCUUUUGAGCAGUUUAGUAUGAGAUGCUCCACAGAAAUGACAAGCUAUGUUACUUUCAUGGGCUGCCUCAUAAACACUGAAGAGGAUGCAACGUUCUUAAGCGAGAAAGGGAUCAUAGAUAACUACUUUGGGACUGGAGAACAAGUAUCUUUGUUCUUCAAGAACACUGGCAAAAACGUUGCGUUUUCCAUAUCAAAGAGUUUUUUGUCAAAUGUGUUCGAGGGGGUGAACGAGCACACUUCACAAGGAUGCCACGUACAAUGGGCAGGAUUCAAGUACACAUACUUUAAAAGUCCGUGGGCAUGUUGUGCUGCUUUGAUACUUCUUGUGCUUACCAUGUUCCAAGCUUUCUUCACGGCCUAUCCUUAUUUUCGUCCUCCCAAGUAA